CCUCUUCUGGAGAAUGCCUGGAAUAAGCAACAGGGUGGUCGGAGUCCUGAAUUUCAUCACCUUCUUACUCUCAAUCCCAAUUCUGUUGGUCGGCAUUUGGCUGAGCACACAAGCCACCACCGAAUGCGCCAAGUACUUAGACAAACCCGUAAUCAUAAUCGGCGUUUUUCUGAUGUUCAUAUCACUCGCCGGCGUUUGCGGCGCGUGGUGUAGAAUCUCUUGGCUUCUAUGGCUAUACCUUUUGGUCAUGUUUGUUCUUAUUGUUGUGCUCUUGGCUUUCACUAUCUUUGCUUUUGUGGUCACCAAUAAGGGCGCCGGCGAGGCCUUGUCGCACCGGGGGUAUAAGGAGUAUAGGCUUGGGGAUUACUCUGAUUGGCUGCAGAAUAGGGUGAGUUCUAAGGACAAUUGGAGCACAAUUAAGAGCUGCUUGAUUGAUGCCAACAUUUGCAACACAUUUUCUAAGAAGUAUUCUAUGGAUAAUGAUGAACAGUUCUAUAAGGAGAGCUUGUCUUCCAUUCAGUCUGGUUGUUGUAAACCUUCAAACGACUGCGAUUUCAAGUAUGUGAGCCCAAUUGUGUGGGACAAGAACAACGCUACAACCUCGCCCAACCCCGACUGUAAAUUAUGGGGAAAUGAGCCCGACGUUCUGUGCUUCAACUGCCUGGCCUGCAAGGCUGGCUUGCUCGAUAAUAUCAAGACAAACUGGAAGAAGGUUGCCUUAGUCAACAUCGUAUUCUUUGUCUUCCUCAUCAUCGUCUACUCAGUCGGUUGCUGUGCUUUUCGAAACAAUAGAGAAUACAAUGCCUAUCAUCGACAAAGGAAGUGAUCUCUAGUCAAAUCGAUAGUUCUGUAUAUUGUUUUUAUUCCGGCAGUAAUUUUUUGUUUUGACUUUUUGAGUGUUCUGUUCUCAUUUUGUUUGACUUUU